UCCUCGCUCGCUACUCAGCUAACGCACGCGUUUCGCGCCGCGAUAAUUAUUACUAGUGUUCGUGUUUAGUGACCCUUAAAAUGAAAGCCAUAUCGGCAGUGUGUGCUACUGGAGCGUCCGUGCCGGCUAUCGCCAGCGGACGGGUGCAGAGGCACAGAGACGGCGAAAACGCCGAAAUUCAAAUGUAUCUCUCCAAAUUACAAGACCUGGUACCAUUCAUGCCAAAGAACAGGCGGAUCUCAAAGCUGGAAGUAAUCCAGCAUGUGAUCGACUACAUCUGCGAUUUGCAAUCUGCUUUAGAAAAUCACCCAGCUGUAGGACAAUUCGAAGCGGAGGCUGCACUAGCGCCUGCGUGCGCUUCACCAACCAAGCCACAGCGGAGGCCACUUGGACCUCGCCCAGCGCCCAACACAAUCUUACCUACUGACAAAACUGUAUCAUCAUCACUGCACUCUAAUCACACGACACCGGAAAAACAAGAACAACCGGAUAGGUCGAUGUGCUAAGUGAUAAUUAGAUUUAAGGACUCAUAUAAUUAUGAUGAAUGUUAAAAUACCUCGCGGUGCACAGGACGCUCUACGAAGAUAGAAUCGUCGAUAUCUGUACAAUUGGACCGGGAGCCUCCAGCCUCAGUUUCAGAGAAGUUCAUCUCGCGAUGAUAUCCUAUGUACGAUCUCGUUAAGAUCAAUAAAUGUUAAUUUAAUUAUUUUGUGGCAUUAUGCUAAAGACUUAAGCAUUGUAAUGCAAUCGGCCGGCGUCCUAGGUCGGCAGGGCGACGGUUUGUUUUGUUAUUAUGUUAAUGUAAAAGCUUUAUUAGUUAUUAAUUUAGUAUGGUGUAGAUGAACGAGCGUGUAAAUAAUUAUGUUGAGUAGUUUACGACAUCUAGACAAUUUUCUGCUUUUCUCUUACGAAAUUUUAAUUGUAUUGUGAUUGUGUUGUAUGUAAUAUUACAUUUCUUUUGGUAUAUAAUAUUUCAAAAAAAUAUUUUCUCUUAGACUCUUAGUUUAAAACGUUGCUUCCAUUAAUAUCAAAGAAUUGAAUCAAUUCAAAGUUGAUUUACAUAUAUAUUAUAAUUUUAUUUUAAUAUUCAUUAGUGUGAUUAUGCAUGGCGCUUUUGUUCGUCUUCUAGAUUAUAAAACUAUUAUUGUAAGUACUAAACGCAAUAUUUUCUUUUCAUUAAUUUAUCAUGAUGCGUUUAGUAAGACUUGUAAAUAUUGUACGUAUAAAAAAAUAUAUAUAAAAUUUUAGUAAAAAUUAUCAAAUUUGAAACACUAUGAUUUUUAUAUUGAAUAUAAGGUUGAAAUGCUUUAAUUAUCUUAUAUAAUUCUUAUUAAUUAUGGUGUAUUAUGAUUUAAAACAGACUGUUAUAGUUUUAGUUAUUCGGGAUGUGUAGCAGUUUAGGUGAUCAAACUAAUCAUAUUGUUAAGAGAAUAUGCUGAUAAUUUAUGUUGAAUACAAUCAGAUGUAAGACUAUUCAUUUCAGAAAAUGUUGGUGUUUACCAUUAUACCUUAAUUCAAAUUACUGUUUCUACAAAAUAUAAAAAAUACAGAUCACAAUUUCUGUAAUUAGUUUUAUCAUCAUUUGUUUUACGAACAAUUUACUUAAUAUCAAAAAGUAUCAUUUGACUGAUCUAGAUUGUACAUCCGACUAUUAUUUUAUUUCGUUUCAAUGCACUGAUUUUCCUAUUGUAUAAUUACCGUUAAAAGGACAAAAAAUAAAACAAUAUUAUCAAAA